ACCAAUGUGAUCACACCGGUGUUGACCUACUCCUACAUGGCCGUGCUGGUGCCCAUCUUGCCUGCUGACGGACUAUCUGCGGUACAAACCGGUGCUGGUGCUGCAGAGCCUGAGCCACAUCUCCAUCUGGUUGCUGCUGGUGUUGGGCACCUCCAUCUUGGCCAUGCAGCUGAUGGAGUUCUUCUAUGGCAUCACCAUGGCCGCCCGCAUUGCCUACUCCUCCUACAUCUUCUCCCUGGUCGCCCCAUCCCGCUACCAGCGUAUGGCCAGCUACUCCCGCUCCGCUGUCCUCCUGGGUGUCUUCACCAGCUCGGUGCUGGGCCAGCUCUGCGUCACCUUAGGUGGUGUCUCCUUCCUCACCCUCAACUAUGUCUCGUUGGGCUUUGUCACCUUCGGCCUCAUCCUCACUCUCUUCCUCGAGCGGCCCCGGCGCAGCCUCUUCUUCAACCGGCCCAAGGGAGCUGGUGAAAGGGCUGAGCACACCGAGUUGGACAAGAAAACCGGGGGGGAUGACAGUGGGGGGACGCGGGGCUGGCGGGAUGCGGUGCUGUGCCGGAUGCUGCGGGAGAUGGGAGUGUUGGCCAAGCAACCCCAGCUCCGGCUCUGGUCCUUGUGGUGGAUCUUCAACUCGGCUGGUUACUACCUGAUGCUGUACUACGUGCACAUCCUCUGGAACGAGAUCUACCCCCCCAUGGACAAACGCCGGGUGUACAAUGGAGGGGUGGAUGCUGCCUCCACGCUCUUGGGAGCCAUUGCAUCCUUCGCCGCCGGCUACAUGAAGAUCCGCUGGACGCUGUGGUCAGAGCUGGUGAUCGGGCUGGUGACGGCUUUCCAGGCGGGGUUGCUCCUGCUCAUGAACACCACCAGCAACAUCUGGUUGUGCUACGCCGCCUAUGUCCUCUUCCGUGGCUCCUACCAGUUCCUGGUGCCCAUUGCCAUUUUCCAGAUCGCUACCUCCCUCUCCAAAGAGCUCUGCGCGCUGGUCUUUGGGAUCAACACCUUCUUCGCCACCGUGCUGAAGACCAUCAUCACCAUCAUCGUGGCCGACAAGAGGGGCUUGGGCUUGUCCGUUCAUCCCCAGUUUUAUGUCUAUUUUGGUUACUUCACGCUGCUGUCGGUGAUCUACCUGCUGGCAGCCGUUGGCGUGGGCAUCCAGCACAGCCGCCGUGAGGUGCCAACAGAGCUGGCCCUGGCCAAGGAGCUGUGCCAACUCCCCACCGAGGUGCCGGUGCAGGAGAAGAACCCAGAAGCAGACACCGUGCGAGCCUGA